AUGCCACAUCACUCCAACAACACUCCCACAACCAUCGUCCUAAGGAACGUGGCCUACCUAAAAGGCCCACAAUUCAUACUAGAGCACGGCGACAUCCUCCUGAAUGCAUCUGGACGCAUAGAACAGGUUUCCACUACUGUCAUCGACACUGGCGCUCUCCAAAUCGACGGUAACGGACUGCUCGUUAUACCCGCUCUCAUCAAUGCCAGCAUAGAGGCCGUCAAAUUGGAGAAAUCUACAGGUGUCGCUAAUGGCACUAGUGCUCCUACAGUGUCGGAUGAUGUACUGGCGUGUGUGAAUACAGAACAUGUGGAUAUAACUUCCUCGUUACAUGAGGCCAUCUCACAUGCCAUUGCAUCCGGCACUACAUCAGCUGGCAUUAUAACAUCAGACGCCAGUGUAUUGACCGACAAGUCAAUUCAAGAGCAAGGAAUCACUCUAGUACCUGUUACCUCAUCCGCAUCCCAUGACUCUUCAGUCAUAAGCACUGGAAAUAUAUUCCUGAAUUCAACUAGUUUGUGGAAGGAGCUGGAGUUUAGGACGAGGAAUCUCCUGAAGAGCGGUAGCAUAUCAGAAGAUGCGUUAAAGAGUUUAUUUGCCUCUGUUACUGUAAACCCAGCCAAGUUAUUGGGGUUGACUGAUGUCGGCCAAAUCGAGACUGGCUUUAAAUCAGACGUUAUUAUAGUGAAGUUACGUCCACAAUGGGAACGUACUUCAACAAAAAGUGAGUUUGACGAACCUCAUGGUCUCCUACUCUCACUUUUCCUAUCAGGAAACGACCCAUCCUUCAUCCAAGGAGUCUUCAAGAACGGUUUCCCUGUAUAUACCCAUGCCAAACUAGCUCACCAAUUAACAUCUAAAUCCCUAAACAAGUACUACGAGGGGCUAAAUCUCCCAGCGCCAGCCAUGAAUGGUGAAAAAUACGAGUUCGACAGUAUAGAAGAUGCCAUAGCAGACAUCAAACUGGGGCGAUUCAUUAUUGCGGUGGAUAAUGAAGAUCGGGAGAAUGAAGGUGAUUUGAUUAUUGCUGCUGAGGCUAUGACUACUGAGAAGAUGGCUUUUAUGAUUCGGUAUUCUGGUGGCGUGGUAUGUGUCCCAGCACCAGGCGAAAUACUAGACCGCCUCAACCUCCCCAUAAUGGUAAAAUACAAUGAAGAGGCCCUUCGAACUGCAUACACAAUCACAUGUGACGCAACUGCAAACACCACAACUGGCAUAUCAGCCGCCGACCGAGCAACAACAUGCAGAGCACUCGCCCAUCCAACAACCACAGCAACAGACUUCCGUCGUCCCGGCCACGUCUUCCCACUACGAUACCACGAAGGAGGAGUCCUCCAACGUGUCGGACAUACAGAAGCCAGUGUUGAUUUAUGUAAAUUGGCUGGUCUUGCACCAGUGUCUGCUAUCUCGGAACUCGUUCUAGAUGAUGGACGUAUGAUGAGACGGGAUGAUAUACGGGUGUUUGCGAAAGAGUGGGGCAUUAAAGUGAUUACUAUUUCGGAUUUGGUGAAAUAUCGUGUGAGGGAGGGGUUGACGAGUGAGGGGUGGUAG